AUGCCUAUACGACAUUCAUAUCUAUUAUUGGUAUUGGUUAGUAUAGUUAGCGGUUAUGCGAAACCGCCGGGCACCUAUCCCGAUGAGGAGAUCAAAGAGAAUGAGGUGGUCGUGCCGAGGAGCCCUUAUCAGUCGAGCUCGUUCACCGGCUAUGAGUAUUAUUAUGAGAAGGAUCCGAAGACGAAGAAGAAGGACGGGGGAAUGCCGGCUUAUAAGCCUCAAGUAACCCGGGAGCAGGAAGCGACGACGCCAACAACGAGCACAGGUACACCAUUGGCACCAUCUAACGAUUUGUUCGCCAUCACCAUGCAAGAUAUGUUUGACAAGGAUGGCAAACGCUUGUUGGCACCCGGUAUGCACAAAACCCACACCAAUCACACCAUCAUCAUUGCACCACACACGACACCCACAUCGAUUUCAGAUGAGACGCCCGAAGAGGGAUUCAUGAAGACGUACAUCGGCGACGAGAAGGCGUCGAGCAAACGGCACAUCGACGAGAUGAAGCAUCGCGAUUUCGAGACGGCCGCCGAUGAGUUUGACAACGAUCGAGUGAAACAAAUUCAGAAGCUCGCCGACGAUGAUGACGACGAGCAGACAGGUAUCGGAAUGAAGCAGGAGUCUCGUGGAGGUGUCAGCACCACCGCAUCCACAAGUAUGAGAGCACCGGGGAUCCUUAAUGAUCCGAUCACGUCCACCAGCACAACACCUUUGCCACAGGAUUCUGAUGAUCACACGGUUCCAUCAGACGUCUUUAUUCCUGGCAACACCACAAGCAUUAACCCUAUGCGAGAAGGAUCAAUUGAUGAUCCACUUGAUCCAAGUGCUAGUGAUCUGUCCCAUCCUAACAAUCAUAGUGUUCCAUCAAGCGUGUUAUCAUCGGACAAUAGCACCAAGCCUGGAGGAUCAAUAGAUGAUCCACGGGAUCCACGUACCACUGAUCCGUUCCGUCCUAACAAUCAUAGUGUUCCUGAUAAUAGCACCAAGCCUGAUGGAUCGAUAGAUGGUCCACGGGAUCCACGUACCACUGAUCCGUUCCGUCCUAACAAUCAUAGUGUUCCUGAUAAUAGCACCAAGCCUGAUGGAUCGAUAGAUGGUCCACGGGAUCCACGUACCACUGAUCGUAUUGUUCCGUCAAGCACCGGCACCACUCACCCCAAUGAUGAUGAUGAUGGUCCGAUGCGAAGUGAGGAUUCUAACCAUGUGACGCCAAGAAGCGAUGAAUCGCCGACAACGCAUGAUCCCAUAUUUGAUCAUAUCAUCACAGCGGCGCCAAGUGCACCAACACCACCCGCACCAAUUGAAGGAUGGGGAAGCGAGCCGCUAGCGAUGAUGCCGUCUGGAGCUGGAGCUAUUCGGAUUGCGAUCAAGCCAGUGUCCACCACCACCACCACCACCACCACUAAUUUCCCACCAACUAACCGAUCACCCGACGAUUCGACGAAUGAGGGGAACAGUUUAGACGUCGCCGCGAUCACCAGCGAUCGCGAAUAUCCGGACGAUCCCGAAUCGGCAUUUUCGGACGAGCGACGCCAAUUGAGCACACCAACACCAACACCAUCACCAUCAUCAUCAUCAUCAUCGAAUCUUCUCGAGUCCACGUUUUUGCACAUUGUCGACGAUCCACAAGUGCACGGCACGAAGACGAAAAGCAAUGAGCACCCACCAGCACCGCCCGUAAUUCAUUUCGACAACCGACAUGCGAGAUUUGAAGGUGACGAUCGCGGCGUCGACCGGAAUCCGCUAGACGCUUCGCGUGGAGCCAAUGACGACAACGAUCCGCUCGUCGAAGUGAGCAUCGGCGAUAUUCAACGCAUCGCCGACGAGUUCGAGAAUCCGGCACGAGAAAACGUCAAUUUUGGGCAGACGAUUGGCAACGAUGCCACCAAGGACAUCAUUCUUGAGACGUCUGAAUCCGAAUCAUCAUUAUUCGGACGAAGUGCUCGAAAAUGCUGUUCGUGUUGUGAGGAGAAGCAGCCGGUGUCGCGACAAAUCGAAACCAAGCCCUCCGACAACCAUUUCCAGCAACUCGUCGAUCCGACUAAUAGGCAAUCUGAGUUCGCUGAGGAGCCGUAUGACGAUCCGGUGUCAAAUCCGGUUCCAGUCGUUGGAAACGCUUAUGUGGAACCACCGCAAACGCAACAACCCGUUUCAAUUCCACGAGAUCCAUCGAUGACCUAUUCAGAGCAUCCAUUCGAGCAAUACCAGCCGCAGUAUCCGCAGAGCUAUUCGCAGCAGGGAUGCGCUUGCCCAACUCCGCCAACUCAAAACUGUUGUCCAGCUCCCCAACCGUGCUGCCUGCCCACUCUACCGUGUUGCCCGCCAAUUCAGAUUCCAUGCUGCCCACAGCCGCAAAUCUGCUGCCAACCGCAGCCAAUCUGCCUUCCGCCGCCAACAUGCUGCACAAUUUCGAUAAGCCUUCCGACAAUUCCGAUCUGCGGACGAGCCUGUCCGGCGUGUCCAUGCCGCCGACGCGUCCAUCGCGCCAGACGACUCAAGAGGCAUCUGAUUGGCUCGCAAUGCACACAAUGCUCGAGAAGCGGUGAGCCGUUUAGGACGUUGAUUCAUCGAGAGAAGCGGCAGACUGGAUGCAGUGCUAAUCCAUUGCAAAGCACUUGUGGAAAAUGCCAAGGAUCGGCUCUUCGUGCUCAUCGCGUGAAGCGAACAAUCUGUUUGCCGUGCAUGGGUCGAAAGAAGCGAGACACUUCUCAUGUUAGAGUUAAGAGAAUGGGUUGUAUUCCGUGCCUUGGAAGAAAGAAGAGAAGCUUGAACACUAACUGCUCGUCUUGCUCAAACCUUGGCCAGAUUUUCAAGAGAUAUAAAAGAAGCUUUGGAUGCUCGCAGUGUCGUCAAAAGAGACAAGCGGGUUACAACUUCACGAUGGGCGACGUCGUUACUAUCAGAACGAGAAAGGUUAUCACCAACAAGCUUCUUUAUAGAAAGCAAAUGACCGUUGAGGUGAUUCACCCAGGACGCCCAACUGUCCCAAAGGCGGAACUCCGCGAAAAAAUCGCGAAGCUCUACAAGACCACCCCGGAUACCGUGAUUCCAUUCGGAUUUGAAUCGAAGAUCGGAGGAGGAAAGUCGCGUGGAUUCGCCUUGAUCUACGACACUGUCGAUUACGCCAAGAAAUUCGAGCCAAAGUUCCGACUUAUCCGCAUGGGACUCGCCACCAAGGUUGAGAAGCCAGGACGCAAGCAGCGUAAGGAGAGAAAGAACAGACAAAAGAAGGUCCGUGGAACCGGAAAGGCCAAGGUCUCGGCUGGAAAGAAGUAA